AUGGCGUUAGACGGUGAUGCCUCUGGUAGCAUCCCCACCCUUCUCAUCCCUGAUAACCUUGUGGCUGCGGUGGUUAGUGGGGGAGCGGAGCUCGUUGUGGAGCAUCGUGAGGGCAACCCCACCUUAAGACGCAUCUUUCUCCACAUCUUUGACGAUUUUGAACGCCAUGAGGCAGUCCAGCGGAGCGCCGCGGAUGCGACAAGCGAUCCAUUGCACAAGGUGCAUCUUGAGAAGUUGAAGGAACUUAGUUGGGCGCGAUCGACGGUGUGGUCGGACUGGAGGAUGCGGGAAUACCUGCCUAGCAGCGAUUCACUUCUUUGGCCCUCCACUGAUCAGCUGCAGAAGGUGGUAGAGGUGGUGAAGCAGCUGAAGCUGUUUGCCGAUAACCCCCCAGACAGGUGUGGUGGAGAUGCCCUUUCCAGGGCGAUUGCAAUUAUAGAAUCAGAAACGAGGUUUAGCGGCCUGCAUGAGCUCCGAAAGGCCCCUGUGGCGGGUGUCCUCACGCCGUAUCACGUGGAGAGCUGGGCAAACGUGGCGUCGUCGGCGCGGGAGAUGCGUCUGCCUUCCACCCUCUCGCGCAGCUCCGACGCCGUCAGACCCGACACCCCCCAUCUCCUCCUCGUGAAUAGCUCCGAGAUGAUCGUUUCGGAGGUAAUCGACCUCCCACAAACGGCUCGCACGCAGGAGACGCUCAUUCGUCUGCUCGCCCUGCCGCCCGAGCUCUCUGCGCACCUCUCGGGCGAGAAUUCCGCUAUGCUCAAGUGGAGAGAGCUGGUUUCAUUGCACCGACGUUGCUUAAUGAAGAACGAGAUUGGGCUGAUACGCAGCGUUCAGGAGAACAUGCGGAUUUUACAGCUUUCCGAGAGCACCUUGGCGGAGCUGAUGCGAGCGGCGGCAUCCAAGGAUGCGAGGGUACGGCUACGGGUUGGGGUUUACGCUACCAUCGUUCAUUUUCAGCGGGUUGUUUUAGUCUUGACGAGCCACCCAAAGGGGCAGCUAGACGGGCCUGAGGUGGAGGCUCUGCAAGCCUUCGCAGAGAGAGAGGCGGCGACUGGACCUUUUGCGGGAUGUCCUCUUGGAAUGUUGGUGGUGAUGGAGCGGAAUCCGAAGUCGGCGAAUGCCGUCGCGCGCGUGCUCAGGGAGGAUUUUUUGAGCCCCGUGUUACGGGAAAUUCCGCAGGAGAAGUGCUGCUCCGUCACGGAUGGGAUUCCACUUAGCGAAAAAAGCAUGGCGUUUGUUGCGGCCGCACCCUUUAACCCGCAUGUGGUAAUUCAUGGAAGCCGUGUGGAGGGAGGGUUUACGGGAUCUGAGGAGACUUUUGAGCGCUUUAAACGUCAACGCGAGGACGUGGCGGAGGAGCAAACGGUGAUGCAGCUGCGCACGGCUUACGAGCGCCCGUUGCAGGAUUCGAGUGCUGGGUGGGAGGAUCGCACUGCGGUCAUGGGCGCCUCAGCGGCUGUGUCGUUCAGCUCAUCCACGCUCACCGGCGAGGAGCUCAGCGCUGCGUUUGAGAGGAAGGUGUUGGAGAUUCUCACCGUGGAGCCGCUAAGCCGGGCAGACCUUGCUGCCCACCCGGGUCUUCUUCAAUGGAAGAGUCAGUCCUCGUUUGAUGGACUUUUGAAAUCGUGCUUGAAAAAGCACGCCGUCUACCAAGGUCGAAAGUACGCCUUAAAAGAUUGA